UCGAGCAAUCGAUAUUGUUUUUAAUUACGUUUUGUUUUGUGGAUAUUUUGUGUUAAUUUGCACUUUCAGCAAGCAGUAGUUAGGAGACCCAACAAAAUGUUCCGUGGUAUACUUAUUUUCCUCCUGCUGCUGCUCCUCGUGCUGUACUACUUCUGGCAUUCGAACGACACGUCCGGCGGCAGCAACACGGAUGUCCUGCCCGUAGUCCUGUGGCAUGGAAUGGGCGACACCUGCUGCGUACCCUUCAGCCUGGGCGCCAUAACAUCCCUGAUCGUGGAGCAGACGAAGGGCGGCUAUGUGCGCUCCCUGGAGAUAGGGGGUAAUCCCGUAAUGGACUGGGAGAGCGGCUUCUUCAUCCAUCCAAACGAGCAGGUCGACUACGUCUGCAAGCAGCUCCUGAAGGACGAGCGCCUGGCCAAGGGCUACAACGCCAUUGGAUUCUCCCAGGGUGGCCAGUUCCUAAGGGCGGUGGCCCAACGCUGUCCCUCGCCGCCGAUGAGGACCCUGAUCACCCUGGGCGGCCAGCAUCAGGGCAUCUUCGGGCUGCCCAUGUGUCCCACCCUCAGCAGCAGCGCCUGCGACUACAUCUCCCGACUGCUGAACAGUGCCGCCUACUCGCUAGAGGUGCAAGACAACUUGGUGCAGGCAACUUACUGGCACGAUCCACUGAUGGAGAACCAUUACCGACAGGGCAGCACAUUCCUGGCGGACAUUAACAACGAGGUCUACCUCAAGGUGGACUACAAGGAGAACCUACACAAGCUGAAGAAAUUUGUAAUGGUCAAGUUUCUGAACGACACGAUUGUCCAGCCAAAGGACUCCCAGUGGUUCCAGUUCUACACCUCCGGACAGGACAAAGUCAUCCAGCCCCUCAAUGAGAGCAGAGUCUAUCAAAAUUUGGGCUUGGAUAAGAUGCACAGGGAGGGAAAACUAGUCUUCCUUGGGGUUGAAGGGGAUCACCUGGCCAUAUCGAAGGCGUGGUUCAUCAAGAACAUAGUGCCUCUCCUACUCGAGAAAUAAAAACCAAUGAUAUAGAAACCAAAGUGUGAUAGAGAACAUUUGACAAAGAAGUGAUUUUACCCUCGAGCACAGAGAAAUCCUUCAGAUUUAAUCUCGUUACCAUAAUGUAACCAUAUUUUGAUACGAUAUCAACUUUUAUACAAGUUUAAUUAGGUAUUUAAUAAAUUCAGUUGGGACAUACAAAA